UCAUAUUUGCUAUUUUUGAUUUAGCUAACAUUUCUUCCCAAUAAAAAAUUGAUUUGGCUUUGGAAAAGUUUAUUAAUUGCGUAUAUUCACAAAAAACUUUGCUGCAAAAAUGCUGUAUCUUGAAGAUUAUCUUGAAAUGAUUGAGCACCUGCCUCAAGAGCUCCGAGAUCGUUUUACAGAAAUGCGUGAAUUAGACCUAACUGUGCAAAAUAGCAUGGAUUCUUUGGAAAAAAAGACGAGAACCUUUUUUCAACAAUGUAAGCGAGGUGAAUUACAAAACGAGUCGGCAGACUCAGAUUUUCAAAACCUACAAAAGGAAUACUACAAAGUUCUGGAAGAUGCAGACGAAAAAGUAAAUAUUGCAACACAAAUACAUGAUUUAGUCGAACGCUAUUUGCGUCGCUUGGAUAGUGAACUCUUCAAAUUCAAGUGUGAGCUCGAGGCAGACAACAAUGGUAUUACCGAAAUACUGGAAAAACGUUCACUCGAAUUAGAUGGCGGUUCUAGUGCGGCCACAUCUUUGAUGAAUGUAAUUGGCGUUACUCAAAAGGAAAAUAGAUAUUAUGGCUCAAUAGGAACGGCGGUGACUACAAAUAGUCAUAGCAUGUUAGAUGUCAUAGGCGGUACAAUAGGCGCUAUAUCACUACCUGUGACACCGACGGCAGGGACAAAAGACCGUUAUCGUACCCCUAAGCCAGAGAAACGUCGAGAUAGUACAACAAACUUAUCGGGUUUGCCGGAAAAACGGCCGAAUAUGAGUAGUAACAUUACGUCCGCAACCCCACCUGUGGCUGUAGUACGCCCUAUAACGCCGGGGAUAGCAGCACAUGCAGUUCUGAAUACAACAUCAUCUCCAGUUACUGCUGCCGGCACUCCCGCCGCUACAGCAUAUAAUUUGCAACAAUUAGGGGGAUCGGCUUCUAAUGCGAUUGCUGCUGCUGCCAGCCAAGCUAUAGUUGCAACACAACAAAUGCCACAAGGAAGACGCACUGCAAGUCUUAAAGCAAGUUAUGAGGCUAUACACGGUGCUGGAGGGGGACCGCCAGAAUUUUGGAUUAGUCGUGACAUUGCAAAUGCCGCGACUGCAGCAGCACAAACAACGCUCCAAACGGCAGUAGUUGAAAAGAAACAAAAGAAAAAAUUAAAUACCAACAGUAUAGGUCAUGUCAAUAGCGCAGGGAGUGGUAGCGCACCGUCGUCUGCUAUAUCGCUGGCUUCGUCUUCAUCAUCUGUGAGCGUAGACUCGGUCGAUAUGCUGCCAUCCUCUUCUAACUUAUCCUCUGUUGGUAAUCUGGGUGUCAGUUCAAUGGCGUUGUCAGCAAUUGGAGCAGGUACCGCUUCUACUUCUGCAGCUGCAAACAACCGUACUAGCUCAGCUUCUUCUUCGAUCUCAACAAGCACUCUUGCACCAGCUGCCAAUUUAACGGUUAAUGAAAAUGGUUUAGUGGUGGAACAAACACCAGAAGGUGAAUGGUCAUAUGAUCCAAAUGAACCACGGUAUUGUACUUGUAACCAAGUUUCUUAUGGCGACAUGGUCGCUUGCGAUAACGAUGCUUGUCCCUAUGAGUGGUUUCAUUACCCAUGCGUGGGUAUUACACAGCCACCAAAGGGUAAAUGGUAUUGUCCCAAAUGUACAGCAUCGAUGCGACGCCGUGGUAAUAGAAAAAAUUAGUUAUAACGAAACUAUAGUUUAUUUCAAGAUAUGACAGCUUAGUUAUAAAAUAAUACUUUAAAUGAAAUUAAUAAACGGUCAUAAACUAUUAU